UCAGACCCACAAAGCUCUCCAGCUUCAACAGACUAACUUCUGGUUUAUCCAGCACAAUGUCUUCUAUGACCAGCUGUUCUUCCUCUCGCUCAUCCUCAUCCUCAUUUCGUUCAUCAGCGAGGUACAGCUGCAGCAGCGUCACAUCCGUCCAAACAGAAGCUUCCUCUUCUCCACCAGAUCCCCUCUUCGUUCCUUUCCUGGAUCAGAGAGCGACUGUGCUUUUUGGGGGUAACAGAGGGGACUCAGAGUCAUUCAUUAGUGAGAGAGAAACUUUUGGAAGUUGCCAGGGAGACAAGAAAUACCACACAGAGGGUUACCAAGGUGACUGGAGCCAUGGAGACACACACGUCAGUACUGGAGCGAUCUGGGUGGAUGAUCAUUAUUACACUUCAGCUGACGUCAGUCGAUUUGAGCCACAUGAUAUAGUGGUGAUGGCUUUCAACAGCAGCAUCGUUAUUCAUGCGGAGAAGGUUGGAGAUGAUGGCAGUGUCAUGGACAAAUUUACCCACAAGUCUUUGCUGCCAGAGGACAUGGACCCUCUGUCUGUUAGCGGGACUCUGACGCCAGAGGGCGUGCUCGUGAUCAGUGUGAAAAGCAUGUCCAGAUCCUCAUCACAUCCCUGAAACGGUCCUUCUGACCUUUCAAUUCACCUCUUCUAACCUCUGACAUUUGGCAAUAAAAAAAACACCCAAAAAAGGCAAAUGCAGCGCAACGCGCUGAUGGGAAAUGUUUGAAUGAACCUGGAGUAUUACUAUAUUAGCACAGCUAGCAUUGGCACAGUCAAAAUGUAUCUAUACUACUUAUAUUUUAAUAUUUAUAAGAAGGCAUUUAACACAUUAUUAAUUUAGCAUAGGCUAGUUUUCAGUUACCUUUAGCACUUAGCAUGCAAUAGCUUGCUAAUUUCUUUGUUGGUUUGUUUUAUCAAAUUAGCUGCAUGUAUUGUACCUUUAGUAAGUUCUCCAUUAGUGUUGUUAGAUGUUUGCUAAUUCCUGACUCGCUAAUUUCCCGACUUCCUAAUUUUAAAAGUUAAUGUAACCUCAAAUUUGCAUUAAUUAUCUGAAAUAAACUUUACAAAACAUGCAAACAAUGCUAAUUUAUGGGCAGAUAUAACUUAGCUCACUUAGCACAGAUAAAAGUAUGCAAAUAAAGUGAUCCUUUGUAAAUUCAGAUACUGGAUUUAUUUGAUUGUGCUGAGCAGUUUCAGUUUUACCUAAAACUGAUUGAUCAAUAUGCUAACAAUACUAGUGAUGGAUAUUAGCUAGCAGCAAGCAAGUAAGUGGAGUUAGCGUAAGCAUGUUGGAAAUGAAGUGUUUAACCACAGAUAGUAAAGCCAUCAUUCAUUAUUUCAUGCUGUU